UUUCUUGAAUUGUAACAAACACAAUUCUGGGACAGAGCUGAGACUAGGUCGUUGUCAAGAUGAAGACAGCUGGGAACCAAUCAGCGAGCAGUGGCGCUGUGUGUAUAAAUAUAGAGACGCUCGGAGGCCUGGCUACUCAACUCUGAGAUAUUUUUUUACUGUUAGGAAACCAAACUGACAAUCAUGUCUGAAACUGUACCUGCCGCGCCUCCUGUUCCUUCUCCUGCGGAGAAGACACCGGUGAAGAAAAAGGCGCUCAAGUCCACCAGUACCGCGAAGCGCAAGGCGUCCGGGCCCUCGGUGUCCGACCUCAUCACCAAGGCUGUCGCCGCCUCCAAAGAACGCAGCGGCGUGUCUCUGGCUGCGCUCAAGAAAGCACUGGCGGCCGCCGGCUACGAUGUGGAGAAGAACAACAGCCGCAUCAAGCUGGGUCUCAAGAGCUUGGUGAGCAAGGGCACCCUGGUGCAGACCAAGGGCACCGGGGCUUCCGGCUCUUUCAAGCUCAACAAGAAGGCGGCCACCGGGGAGGCCAAGCCCAAGGCGAAGAAGGCGGGCGCGGCCAAGCCCAAGAAGGCUGCCGGGGCGGCUAAGAAGCCCAAGAAAGCCCCGGGUGUAGCCACCCCGAAGAAAACCGCUAAGAUGACCUUGAAGAAGGCGAAGCCUGCUACUGGGGCGAAGAAAGUGGCCAAAAGCCCGAAAAAGGUGAAGACAGCUAAGCCCAAGGCGGCCAAGAGUCCAGUCAAGGCUAAAGUUAAUAAUCCCAAGGUAGCCAAGCCUAAAGCGGUCCAGCCUAAAAAGGCAACCCCCAAAAAGUAGGACAAUAAUAAGGAUUAGUUUCCUAAAGGCUCUUUUCAGAGCCACCCAACUCAUCUUAUUAAAGAGCUUGUAAUAAUA